CCUGGCAGGGACACUUCCUGGUUCGAUAUCCAAGCGCGGAGCGCGUUGCCCGUGGAACGGCCAAUGGAACUUGCAAAAGAUCUCCUCCUGCUUGGCUUUAUUCCUUUUUUAUUUUAAAAAUAUUUCAACUUUAAAAACCAAGACGGCCGUUUCCAAAUUGCUGCUCUCAAUGCCUCUCUCUGCGGAGAUAGAAUAAACAAGAAGCCGCGGGAGCGCCAUGGGGAAUUUCAUCCGCACUCACUGUGUUUGGCUCAAGUGCAUCUGCCCCUGUGUCUUCAAGAAACCCAAGCCCGAGACGGGGCUGCCCAUUCCCGAGAUCGUCAGUUUUCCAACGCUGGGGCGUCCGCUGCCCCCGGAGCCGGUGCCGACGCCUCCGUUCGCCGAGCGAUGCAGGACCUACUUGGCUCUGUACGACUACUCGGCUCGCACGCCCGAGGACCUGAGCUUCGAGGCCGGCGAAAGGCUGGAGGUGACCGAUCAAUCACUGGACAACUGGUGGCUGGCUCGCUCGCUGAAGCGAGGGGAGGAGGGCAGGCAAGGAUACAUCCCCAGCAACUACGUGGCGCUCGACUGCAGCAUAGAGGCACAGCCAUGGUUCUUCGGAGGAAUUAAACGAAUAGAUGCAGAGAAACAAUUGUUGAUGGCAGGAAAUGGGAAUGGCUCCUUCAUUAUCAGAGAAAGUGAAAGCAAGAUGGGUGACUUCUCACUCUCAGUUCGUGAUGGAGAUACUGUGAAACAUUAUAAAAUCAGACGGUUGGAUGAAGGAGGCUUUUUCAUUACAAGAAGAUCAACAUUUAAAACGUUGGCAGAAAUGGUUUACAACUACAUGCAGAAGCAAGAUGGCUUGUGUACAAAGCUUGAGGCACCAUGCCAGAAGCUGGAAACGCCGGUAACAGUCGGAUUAUCCUACAACACUGUGGAUCAAUGGGAAAUCCCUCGAACCUCUCUGAAAUUAAUAAAGAAAUUGGGUGCUGGAACCUUUGGAGAAGUAUGGCAAGGCGUUUGGAAUGACAGAACGCAAGUUGCCAUAAAGACACUAAAAACCGGUACGAUGGCCAAGCAGGACUUCCUAAGGGAAGCACAAUUAAUGAAAAAAUUAAGACAUCCCAAGCUAAUUCAGCUGUAUGCUGUGUGCACUGUUGAAGAGCCAAUUUACAUUAUUACCGAAUUAAUGAAAAAUGGCAGCUUGCUUGACCACUUACACAAAAACCAGGGAAUGAGUUUGACCAUAAGUGACCUACUGGAAAUGUCGGCGCAAGUAGCUUCAGGAAUGGCAUAUCUGGAAGUUCAAAAUUAUAUUCAUCGUGAUUUAGCUGCCAGGAAUGUUCUGGUUGGGGAGAACAACAUCUGUAAGGUAGCUGAUUUUGGACUUGCCCGAGUUUUUAUGGCAGAAGAUGAAAAUGUUUAUGAAGCAAGGGAAGGAGCAAGAUUUCCUGUGAAGUGGACUGCACCAGAAGCCAUCCAUUCAAAUAAGUUCAGCAUCAAAUCAGAUAUUUGGUCCUUUGGAAUACUGCUGUAUGAAAUUAUCACUUACGGAAAGAUGCCGUAUCCAGGGAUGACAAAUUAUCAAGUAAUCCAGGAGUUGGCAAAAGGAUACAGAAUGCCUUGCCCUGCAGAAUGCCCCCCGCCACUGUAUGAAAUCAUGAUAGAUUGUUGGAAAGACAAUGAUUGUGAACGGCCAACAUUUGAGACCCUCCAAUGGAAGCUGGAGGACUUCUUUGAGACUGAUCUUUCAGCCUACACAGACGCUCAAGCUUUUGUUAGUUAAUAUCAGCAACAUUGAUGAUUUAGUGCCUGCAAUGAAUAGAACAGAUUUAAUAUUCAAAUCUUGGAUUUUGUUAAAUAAUCUAAUGGCUUUGAUUUAGGCUGGUACGUACAUAUGUCAAACAGCUAUGAGUUCAUGCACUUGCCCAAAGGCUAUAAAAGAUUCCAUGUCAUUGAAGUUAAUUUGCACAUUAUUUUUGAAGGAAGUGUACAGAAUCUUGUUGCUUUUAAUAAGUUGCUGGAGUGACAUCAUCGGAGUGGACUAUAUUAAUGAAGAGGCCAAUCAUCACUCCAUGGUUUGUGAAAAAAAAGGUUUCUGUUUUGAAUAUGCUGAGAUAAAGGAUAUGCACAAAUGGUUGGAGGGAAUAACGCAACGUUAUUUUCUGGUUCAAAAAGUCAGUCUUUUCUUUAGCAUAACAAUAAUCAAUUGGACUAGCUUCUGGAAAUGUCCCCUAGCUGUUGGAGAUGGAGGGGGGGGGGGAUGUUUGGGAAAAGAUAGGGAAGGAAUAAUAAAACGAUCAGCUGUCAGCUAUGCUAUUUCACCAAGAGAUGCAGCGAGGAAAGAGACCCUUCAGCUCAUCAAGUUCACGCCGACCAUCGAUCAUCCGUUCACACUAGUUCUAUGUUCUAGGCGCAAUUUUACAAAGGCCAAUUAACCCAUAAAUCUGCAAGUUUUGUGAAUGUGGGAGGAAACAGGUGCACCUGGAAGAAACCCACACGAUCACAGGGAGAACGUGCAUACUCCACGCAGACAGCACAUGGAAUCAAGAUCAAACCUGGGUCUCUGGCGUUGUGAGGUAGCAGCUCUACCAGUUGCAUCACUGUGCUGCCCUGGAGCUGGAGAUAUUCCUGAAAAAUCCUGUCCAGACACCAACGUCCAAACUGGAAAAGUAUAGAUAUUUUUAUUGAUCACAUUAAAAAAGAAAAUCCGGCAGGAUUUAUAAAGGUUACAUAGAAAGCUAUUACAUAUUUAACCAUUCCGGCAAACAAGUAAGAAAGAAGAAAUUUGCAUUGGCUUUAGUGUUGUUAUACAAUACAUAUUAUACAACUAACCUGUCCUGCCCCAAAUGUGUUCAUAUAGCAGGUGCCAGAUUUUAUUAGUUUCUGUCUCAAUCACCCCACGCUCCCCAACUACACCACGUCUGGGGAAACUUAAAGGCUCAUACAUAAUUUCAGUUAAUAUCAUAACAAGAUAAAUAGAUGUCAUAUAAAGAGAAAAUAUUUAUACACAUUUAUCUUCCAUUGUUAACCCCUCAAUGUAUCUGUAGAACAUGUUGACAAAGAUACAUGUCUCCUUCAAUGAUAGUGGGGGGGGUUUUGCUAAGUGCAAAUGUAGUCUAAAACAUUUGGUAAUAAUCAUUUAACUAAAGCAUUAAGACUCAUUCAGCAGGUACUUUACAAUGCAUAUUCAAAUGCUACUGCAAUCUGUGUAGUAUUUAACGUGCCUACAAAAUAUGUACAUAAUUUUACAUUGUGGGUUUAUUUGAAAUUGAAUGUAUUUUUUACGGUGUGAUUUGCUGCUAGUUGAGAUGUAUAUACAUCUAGAUGAUGAAAACUAAAAUGGAAGUAAUCAUAUUCCAUAUUAGUUUUAAACAAGAAAAUUAUUUAAACCUUCAACUAUUCCAGUCUUUCUUUAGUUUUUUUUAAUUAAAAUCUCUGUUAAACCUAAUUCACUAUUUUUGAUAAAGGGCUUGUUUAAGAAGAUGCCAACUGAACAGAACUAAACUGGAUAACAUUUAGGAUUUUUGCACAGGCACAAAUGAGUAUUCAGUUGUUUUUUUAAUUGUGUAAUUUCGACCAAUUUGUUAAUUGGAAUGGUCCCUUCCAGCAGACCAACGUAUGACUUAGCAACUUGCAAAACUGUCUUACAGUGUAUUGUGAGGUAAAAACCUACAAGAAGAUUUUAAUUAUGAAAUAUUGUGUCAGGUUUUGCUGAAAGAGUAACAGAAUUUAAAUAUUGAAAAAUAAACCUAAAAAUAAAAGGGGUUCACAUUCUUUUAACAUUGCAAUGAUUAUUGAUGACUUCUAAUCAAUCUUUUGCAGAAUAUUAAUAAACAUGGAAUUUCACCUCUUUAUGCAUUGGAUUACUUUAUAGUCAUAGAGCCAUACAGCAUGGAAAGCAUGCCCUUUGGCCAAACUUUCCCACACCGGUUAACAUGCGCCAUCUCCUAGUUCUACCUGCCUGCAUUUCGCCAAUAUUCCUCUAAACCUAUUAUAUCCAUGUAUCUCUGUCCCAUUGUAUUUUACAUGUUGCGAUUGUACCUGCCUUAACUACUUCCUCCGGCAACUUGAAAUAUACCUACCACGCUUUGUGUAAAAAAAGUUGCCCCUCAGGUUCAUAUUAAAUCUCCCCCCCCCCCCCCCCCCACCUCCUUAAAUCUAUAGGUAAAUGACUGUGCAUUUACCCUAUCUAUUCAUCUCAUAUUCUCCUCAUGAUCUCAUACUGUACACCUCUAUAAAGUCAUAAGUGGUAGGAGCAGAAUUAGGCCAAUGGGCCCAUCAGAUCUACUCCGCCAUUUAAUUAUGGCUGAUCUAUCUCUCCCUCCUAACCCCAUUCUCCUGCCUUCUCCCCAUAAUCCUUAUCACCUGUACUAAUCAAGAAUCCAUUUAUCUCUGCCUUAAAAAUAUCCAUUGAUGGCCUCCACAGCCUUCUGUAGCAUCACACAUCACACUCCAUCCUCCUGAUAAGAUCACCCAUCAUCCUCCUGCACUACAAGGAAUAAAGUUCCUUUCUUUAGCAACAUUUAGUAUUCAAUAUUUCAAUUAUUUUGUUUUCUUUUAUCUCUCUUUUAUCUCUCUCUGAAUCGUGUUUUGCCCUUUCUUUUUCUCUGAUAUUGGAUACUCCCACUUCACUCCUUUUUAAUUCAUCCUUCAUUUAUUUGACACACCUUUAUUCUCAUGAGAUAAGGCAGUGCUCCAUUUGUUACACUGCAUAUCAAUGAACCAGAUGUACUGUAGCUCGCAAUGCCCUAGUAUCAGGGCAGACGACAACUC